AUGUCCCAACCAUUGGUCUUUCUUACAGAUGUAUCAGGUCCCAUUGGCUUUGCAGCUCUUGCCGCUCUGCUGAAACGGGGUCACCCAGUACGCGUUACAAGUUGCGACCGGGAAACGAACCGACAAAUCAAAGAUCAACCUGCGAUUAGGCCACACGCAAAGUCGCUUUCGUUCAUCAAGAUUAAUGACUUCCUCGUCGCAGAGGCCUUUGAAACGGCCCUCAAAGGUGUAUUCCAUGUCAUCCAUGUCGCCUCACCAACACGGGAUGAUCCAGUCUCGGUGACAAUGUUCGGUACCCAGAAGGUAUCUGCCGAUUCCGCCAGUCAAGCCACAUUGGCUAUGCUCAGAGCAGCCAGGAGAUCUUCUUCAGUCCACCGGGUGAUCAUCACGUCCUCGAUCGAACUCCUGCAGCACCCGACCCCAUCUUCGAAGCCACAUGAAGUCGUGCCGAACGUAUGGGCUGCAUAUCGGAUAUUGAAGACCAUUGAUUGUGCCGCGAAAGGAUCUAAGCCGGCACAGCAGUCAUAUUUGCACGUUGCCCAUAUCGUGCCGUCAUGCGCCUCAACAUGCAUCGACGAGUCUGCCUCGUAUUCCAAGCCCCAAAUCGGCGGAAAGGAGCGGCCUCCGAUAGCCUCGGAGGCCCCGAUCAGCAGGAAUCAAACACGACCUCCUCAAUGGGUACGCUGUGACACCGUCGUUGCCGCAUUGGUGGCGGGUUUGGAAACUGGCGACGCAACCAGCAGGGAGGGCUUCGAUGCCUCGUAUCCUCCCGCGGUACAAUGGUCUGAGGUAGAACAGGUAAUGAAGCAAGUGUUUCCUUAG